UAGUCGACAGACUGCGAGACGCGCGCCAUACAGUUGCCCCAUACUGGGGAGCUGGUAGUCUGGCAUCUACAUUUAGACAAUGUUCCACAUCGCGGCGCUGGUGUCAUCCUUCCUAGCUCCACAAGAUUCAACGUCCGCGCUCUCUAAAGAUGACACAGACGUCCUAUGGAUCCUAUGCCAAGAUACAGGGAACGAGUUCCACGAACUGUUUACAAGCGUCUACGAGCGACUGCGACUCAUACACCAGAUACUGCAUGGCUGUGGAAGAGACAAUCUAUUCUCAAGUGUGGCCGUGCUGGUGCUACAUCGACGACUGGUCGCAAGAUUCCAAGUGGCAGUGAGUAAGCAUCGAAGGCUCAACGUAUUGGUUCGGUUCGCUACAAAGAGGUCGACGCUCGAAAAGCUACAGGAAAUACACAGGGACAUCGACCAGUUAUUUGGUUUCUUAAAACUACAGAAACACACCGAAAUGACCAACUGGAGGCGAGAAUGGACACAGCAAUGCAACCGGAUGUACGCGCUGUUCAGAGUUCGGGUGGACGACCCGAGACCCAUAGUCGUUCGACUUGCUAACCCGCAAAUUGCUGAAAUUUUGGGAAUUAUCAAGUUUGAGCUUGAAUAUCACACCGAAGAGCUCCCACAACAACAAGCCGAAUUAAUGCGAAAAACGAUCACGAAAAUAUUGAGAUGCUCGAAUGUGCACGUGCCUAAGAUCUCGCGUUUCUUCAUUCCCCCAGUGGAUAUGGAACUGGGAGAUACUCAUACCGAAAUUAAAGAUACAAGCUGUGAAGUCAAGCGAAGUGUAUACGACCAAGGUACGAGACUUAUCGCACAGUAUCUCUCGGCUGAUAAUCGCUAUGCGAGGCAGCUUUUCUGGAAUGCUACGGAGAUUUGGCACGGGUUUGAACACCCCAAUGUGGCCAAGAUACUAGGAGAAUCCAUGCUGCUGUCACAACCUUGUGUUGUAUGGGAAGAUGCCGCUGCACAUGGCAAUUUUAUCCACUAUUUUGCCAGCGAAAGGGAAAACAACCAGAGAAACCUGUGGCGAAUGUUUCUUCAGGUUGCACAUGGAUUAAACCACAUUCACCAACGUGGAAAAACUCAUGGCAGUCUCAAGUGCUCGCAUAUUUUGGUAGCUGAGGAUGGUAUACCCAAAAUUUGUCAUUUUGAGCUGAGUAGAGGAGCUGAUGUGGGUGGUGUUGAUCGCUGGAAGGGACCGGAGUACAAUCUCGGGAACGGUGUAGACCCGUCGAAGGCUGGAGAUGUGUACGCGUUUGGGUUGUGUAUUAUCGAAGCACGUAUAGGGGACAUUCCCUACGGAGUUGACUGCGACGACUCGGUGAAGAGCCAAUUAGAAGAGCUGGAGUGUUAUCCUCGACCGGAAGGUUUCCGUGAUGAUGAGUGGAACGUUGUUAAGCGCUUUGUUGCUCACGAUCCGAUGGAGCGACCUACGGUGGCUCAGGCUAUUGAGAUGAUAGAGGAACUGGCCUGGCAAGAGGCAAUGGAUAAGAAGUGAACAUUGGGAAGACGGCAGUAGCAGCCGAAUUGAGCUGCAGUAAGUUGGAAUGGGAUGCAGGGAAGCAUGAGUGUCUCCCAUUUGUGAAUAAUACUGGGCCGCGUUAAAGACUCGCUCCUAGAACUUCACUGUUAAUGAACCCCACAUAAGGAAAAAAUAAUUAACUGAUAAACACGAAUUGGCUUCUACUGCAAAAAAUAAUUAGUUAAAACAACC